ACGAAACCCUAAAAGUUGUGAUUUUUUUAUCUGAAUACCUAGUGAUUCAUUAACAGAACUGUUUUAUCUUAUCAUAAUUAUGAAUCGGCUACUACUUAUACACUGACUAAGCGGAUUUCGUACAUAAUCAAGAGUAACCAUUCAUCAUACGCUAACAAUCAUGAAGAGCUGUAUCCUGAUCUCGCUGUUAGCGGCGCUGGCGAGCUGCGUGCACGCGGCGGCCGUGCCGACCAACGCGCCCACCGUCGUCGGCGCCGUGCAGCCCGGAGACUGGCUCAUGGGGAUAGGGACUACCAAUAGUGCAGCACAGGCGGACUAUGUGAUCACGAGGAGGCUGCGCUACACGCUGGGCAGCAUGUACCAGGUGAACGCCGUCAUCAUCACGGAGCUGGGCGCGGCGCAGGGGGGGGCGCCGGCCUUCGUGGGCGGCCUGGGCAGCAACGACGUCACCGUGGUGCUGGUGUCGGCGCGCGGCCGCGGCCUGCACUACCGCGUCGAGCUGUGGGGACACGACACCAGCGGCGCCGACCUCGGACCCGACAGACCGCAAAUCACUAUUGCCGAAUUGUAAAUCCUUACUACCUCUAGAAUAACAGCUGUAAAGUUUAUCCUCAUGUA